UACCAGUAUUUGCCGCCGCAGUUUGUACUCGACUCGACUACGGUGUGUUUCCUUUCUUUUAUCAAUACUGUGUUUUCAUUGUCAAACGUUCCAUCGACAUAUUCAAUGCAUCCGCUUCUCGUGCAGAAUUUGACCAACAAGUUCAGUCUAGUGAGACAACUCGGACGUUCAACAGGGGUAGUUCAGCGGUUCUCGAUACAUACUUCCAAAAUGGUGCAAAUCAAAGAAGGAGAUAAAAUUCCGUCAAUUGAUCUAUACGAGGAUUCACCGGCGAACAAAGUUAAUGUUGCUGAUUUAUGUGCCGGAAAGAAGGUGAUUUUGUUCGCCGUCCCAGGUGCCUUUACUCCUGGUUGUUCCAAGACGCAUUUGCCGGGAUAUGUCGACCGAGCAGGUGAUUUGAAAUCAUCCGGUGUAGCCGAAGUCGUUUGCGUUUCUGUCAAUGAUCCUUUCGUUAUGUCGGCUUGGGGUAAACAGCAUAAUACUGCCGGCAAGGUUCGCAUGCUUGCUGAUCCUGCAGCGGUAUUCACCAAGAAGCUAGAACUAGGAGCCGAUUUGCCUCCUCUCGGAGGACUACGCUCCAAGCGAUACUCGAUGGUGCUAGAAGAUGGAGUCAUCAAGUCACUAAAUGUGGAACCUGAUGGUACUGGGCUAUCCUGUUCCUUGGCUGACAAAAUCAAGGUUUGAAACUAAUAAAACAAAACAUGCGAUUGAAUACGAAUUGAUAAAAAGGAACUAGUUUUAAAUGUGUCAUUUUAAUCGAGUUAUGAGCACAAAUCAUUCGAAAACAAGCAAGUUACACAACAAAGAAUCUGUGACUAUGCAAUAAUUGAAAGGCAAAUCUCUUAUCUAUGGUGCAACUACACGGUCUGUCAUCUAAAUAAAAUGUCGAUGUUAUUCAAAUCGAACUUCUGGCCCUAGCUAAGUAAUCAGAUUGCUAGCAAUGCCCUUAACAGAGUUAUAUUUUUAUUGAUAUCGUUGUCAACAAAAUUGAACGAAUGUUUAAAAUUCUUCGAUGAUUCGUAAAGGCUCGUUUUGUAGAAACUAUCAAGAAUAAAGUACUCAAAUUCUA